GCUCCCUCAAUCAGAAACCCAGGGAGAAGAGAAAGGAAAACAAGGCAGUAUGUUCUGAGCUACUGCUUCUUUUUGCACCUAACCUGCAGAGAGGGACGCUAAAUGCACUGUAAAGCCGACUGCUGGAGCACCUCAAGUACUUAGUUUUCUCCUGCUUUUGUUUGCAUUUUCUCUCCCUUGAAUUCAUUUUUUCUGGAAAGAGAUUACCAAGAAAUUUAUCUCUUUCCAGCCUUCAUGGCUUUACCGGACAGUGCACGUGGAUUACCUAAUGGCGGAGGUGGAGGUGGCAUCUGCACAGGGGGCAAACCCAUGGAUCCUUUGUUUCCAGAAAUAGUGGAACUAAAUGUUGGGGGACAGGUAUAUGUGACUAGACACACGACUCUUGUGUCAGUGCCAGAGUCUCUACUCUGGCGUAUGUUUUCCCAACAGAAACCAGGAGAGCUGGCUCGGGACAGUAAAGGACGUUUCUUCCUGGACAGGGACGGUUUCCUGUUUCGUUAUAUUUUGGAUUAUCUACGAGAUCUGCAGCUUGUUUUGCCAGAUUAUUUUCCUGAAAGAAGUCGUCUACAAAGAGAAGCAGAGCACUUCCAGCUUCCUGAACUAGUGAAACGUCUCAGUCCCCUGCGUAUCAGUAAGGACAGCUCCAUAGGCGGUGAAGAACCACCUUUGCUUCUCACCCCAGCAGCCACUCAAGAUUCUGACCUGGACACUGCCAUCAUUCCUGCCUCAUCUUCUCCUGCAGCGGGGGUGCCCUCCCCAACAUUAGAUCCAUAUCGUUUUAAUGCCUCCUCUUCCUGCAGCCCUGCCUCAGUUCCAAGACUUACUCCUUCCCAGUCCCUUGAAGGCAAAAGAUCUGGAUACAUAACAGUUGGCUAUAGAGGUUCAUACACUAUAGGCCGUGAAGCACAAGCUGAUGCCAAAUUCCGAAGAGUUGCCCGUAUUACUGUUUGUGGCAAAACAUCUCUGGCUAAAGAAGUUUUUGGAGAAACCUUAAAUGAAAGUCGAGAUCCUGAUAGACCCCCAGAGAGGUACACUUCCAGGUACUACCUCAAGUUUAACUUUCUGGAACAAGCUUUCGACAAGUUGUCUGAAUCUGGUUUUCACAUGGUGGCAUGUAGUUCCACUGGUACAUGUGCAUUUGCCAGCAAUGACCAGAGUGAGGACAAAGUGUGGACCAGCUACACUGAAUAUGUCUUCUGCAGAGACUGAAACCUUUUGAGUAAAUUCCAAGAUGCACAAAUAAUACCUAUGUUAUAUCUUUCCUUCACAAGCCACAAAGAAAGACUCCAACCAAAGGAAGAAAGCAGAACUAAUGCAUUAACUUCUUGUUGAUACAGAUGUACUUUCUAGGCAAGCACAGCAAUCAUAAAUGCUGAAGAUUUGCGCAUUACCAGUUAUGACCUAAGUGUAUUGAAGUAUUCUUAGAACAUUGUUUCUCGGUCAGAGAUCAGCUGUCUCCUUGUAUCAGAGAGGCAGAAAGAAUUUAAAGUAACAUUUCUUGACUGAUUACUGCUGGAAUUUGUCAGCAAACCAUUAGAUCUUUCAGGUUAGGAAGGUGAGGGGCAGAAAAUACCACACAACUGCUUCAUAUUUUUGUAAGGGGGGGAUGCAGGGAAAAGAUAGAGACUGUAGAGAAUGUGUAAGUAUGAAUCUUAUUAAAAAUCAUAUUCUGUAUUUAAUAGUAAAAUAUAAGUGUGUAGUUAUAUGAAAUACACAGAUAACCUCCCAUUACAUUAAAAUGUAAUCAGUGCUUAAAAACUUGUUCUUUUAGCAAGAUCUUAAUGAAAUUCUGAUUCAUUUUCUCUUUUAAACCAUUUAUUAAUCCAGCAAUUUUUUGUUUUCUACUUUAUCCAUGUACUAACAGCACUGCCUUCAUUAUGAAAGACAAUGGGGAUUAGAAUUGUAAUGGACCUAAGCUUGGAGGGCAGAAGUAUAUAUUAUGACUUGAUUUAUUAUGUUUUCAGAUUUUUUUUCUAUGUGUUCGAUAAGGCCGUUAGUCAUGGAAAAUACCGUAACUGCAUUUAUGUUAUCUACCAAUGUAUCAGGCUUGUGUGUGUUACUUUUUUAUGUUGCUGGCGGUCGGUUCAGUGUGUUCUAGCUUUAUGAUGCAUUCUUUUCCAACAUUAAUCAAAAUCAUUAAAGGGCUUAUUUACCGAGUACACUGCUGGACUAUCUAAGUAAACAGCCUGCCUGUGAGUAAUACAUUUUCAUAAGGCCUUUGCCCUUAACUGAUCUGAACCUUGUUGUGCACUUUAUAUGCUCCAUUCACAUUGUGCAUGAAGCCAAUUAGGACGGACAAAAGGCACUAUACAGAUCAGGAGCCUGCUGUAUUUGCCACUUUUGUUUCCUGGUUUAUUACAAUAGAUUGAAAAAUGAUAAAUCAUGAUUCUACUAGGCAUCUGCUGUUUUUCUUUUAAUCUGGCGGUUUUCUUAAAGGUAAUAAUGUGAAAAUAAAUCAGUUUCUGUGCAUCCAGGUGCAUAUGAGUGAAGAUGUUGCUGUGGUUUCAUUGCACACAGACAUACACAUGCACACUCUCAGGCAAUGGAGUAGAGAUGAUUUAUAAUCCUUUUACUGCAGCAGCUCUUGAUGCGCAUUGAGCUUGACUUGAUAUGCUCUCUGAUUCCCUGUUGUCUACAGAAGCACAUAGUAUAUUAGUCAGCUAUUACCAGUCAGUAUAUAUAUAUAUAU